AUGGUCACGUUGAAGGUGCUGGGCUUGAACUGUGGGACGAGCAUUGAUGGAAUCGAUGUGGCUCUCUGUAAAAUAUCGUCACAGCCCUCAUCUGGCGAUGUCGCUAUCGAAUUGCUGUCGUACACCGAGGUGCCAGUGAAUCCGGACCUUCGGGCACAGAUCCUCCGACUAUGCCGACCGAACCAAGCAGAUGCGGGCACCACGUUGGCCGAAAUUUGCGAUCUCAACUUUGCUCUGGGAAGGGAGUUUUCUCGUGCCGUUCGUGACUCCGGUGUCGAUUUGGAUGAGGUCGACAUCAUCGCCAGCCACGGCCAAACACUCUGGCACCAGCCCGAGGGAAAACAUCGAUCAACUCUGCAGAUGGCCGAGCCUGCAGUAAUUGCACACGAUACUCAGAAGACUGUAGUGAGUGGCUUCCGCGUCGCCGAGCUUGCUGCUGGGCGACAAGGCGCCCCGCUCGCUGGGUUCUUCGAGGCAGGCCUCCUUUCACACCCUGAGAAGACGAGGAUCAGUCAAAACAUUGGAGGGAUUGGUAACGCCUCGGUUCUUCCAGCAACGAAACUGAAGACCGCCAUGCCCGAGUCGACUUAUCUGGCCUUCGACACGGGCCCAGGCAACGUGCUAAUUGAUGCCGCCAUGCGAAUCAUCAGCAACGGCCAGCUGCACUACGAUCACAACGGAGCCCUUGGCUUAGACGGCGAGGGCAGCAUCGACUCCGCCCUCGUGGACCGCUUCUUGAACUCGGAGCCUUACUUCCAAGCCCCACUGCCCAAGACAACUGGCCGCGAGCUGUUCUCCGACGACGUGGCGCGGAAGCUCGUCGCAGAGAUGCAAGCGCUGGGGAUGGCCCCUACGGCGAUAGUUGCGACCAUCACCCGAAUUACGGCAGAGUCGAUUGCCCGGGCCUACAAGCGCCUUGUCGUGCCGCUCUUGGGUGAAGGCCAGCGUAUUGACGAAAUCUACAUCUGCGGAGGUGGAGCGUACAAUCCGAACAUCCUCAGGCACUUGCAGGCCGAGUUUUCGGGGGCUAGGGUUAUGAAGCUUGAUGAUGCCCCGAUGAAGCUCGAUCCGAGCGCGAAGGAAGCCGUUCUGUUUGGGCUGUUGGGCUUUCUGGCCGUCUGUGGGAGGAGAGUGCCGAUUGCUGGGUGCGCAGAGACGACGACGCCUGCGAUUUUGGGAGUCGUAACUCCGGGGGCAAAUUACCAUCAGGUCAUGAGGAACGUGGUCACUGAUGAGGACUUUGGCUCAAAUCGAAGCCUGGGCCGCAUCAUCAUGUAA